ACGCAAAAACAAAAGGACAAAAAUCAUUGGGGCACACACAUCUUCUCACCCAAUCUAAUCCUUCUCUUUUCCCAUCACCAAAAAAAAAAGUUUACAUUUUUACCAUUUCCCUUUCCUUUUCUCCGAACAAUCCAAACCAAAGCAACAAACAAACCAAUUUUUAUUGUUGUUGGUGUUAUUUAUUAAUUUUUUUUUACCACUUCCAUUUCCAUCCCCACUUUCCUUUUUGACACUGAAUUUGGAGGUCUCUGUCCUCUGCCCAGAUACCAAACCUCACAGGUCACAUGCCCCCAUAAUCAAUAACCAGACCCAUCAAUCCCACCAUACCAUAAAACCACAAAGCACCCAAAAGAGACAGUAUAACUUCUUCUUCCAUGGCUGAUUCUAGAACUAGUUUUAGUAAUGGAUCGCCCAUAACUAAGAUUGCCCAAGACCAUCUUUUUACCAUCCUUCUUCUUCUACCUAUAGAUUCAAUUGUGGCCUUUGCAAUGAGUUGUAAGAAGUUCAGGGUUUUGGCUACUUCUGAUGCACUAUGGGAAUCGAUUUGCAGAAGGGAUUGGGGACCCACUUCGGUUGAUGCCCUCAAGUCUUCAAAUCAUUAUCAAAAUCAGAUGCCAUGGAUGAGGCUCUACAAGCAAUUUUCUCAGCUAGAUUCGGUUUCUUGUUAUAAAUUGUCUGACACAGAUGCCAAAAUAGAGUUUCCAGACCCAAGAGCCUCUCAUUCACUCAACUUUGUUUCUGAUUGUUUGGUCUUGUUUGGUGGUGGAUAUGAGGGAGGACGCCAUCUUGAUGACACAUGGGUGGCAUAUAUUGGUAAUGAUUGUCAAAGAAAGUUGAAGUGGCAGAAGCUUAAUUCAGGCAUUCCAAGUGGGAGAUUUGGACAUUCAUGUGUUGUAAUUGGUGAACUUCUAGUUGUUUUUGGAGGAAUUGAUGAUCAUGGGAACCGUAUGAAUGACACAUGGAUUGGACAAUUAUCAUGCCACGAGACUCUCGGUAUAACAUUGUCAUGGAAGCUGCUUGAUGUGGGAUCCAUUGUCCCGCCCCACCGUGGGGCUCAUGCAGCAUGCUGCAUUGGUGCUCGGAAAAUGGCAGUCCAUGGAGGCAUUGGGCUUAAUGGCUUCAGAUUGGGUGACAUGUGGGUUUUAGAACUCUCUGAAAAUUCAUGUUUUGGAACAUGGCAGGAGGUAGCAGCAGAUCCGUCUCCUCCAGCUCGUGCAGGACACACGCUGACAUGUAUUAGUGAAUCUCAGACAGUUCUAUUUGGAGGGAGAGGAUCGGGUUAUGAUGUGCUCAAUGAUAUUUGGGUGUUCAGUGGGGACGAGGAGUGUCACAAGUGGGUCCAAAUACUAUAUGAACUACAAAACAUUCCCGGAGGAGGGUCACUCCCUCGAGUCGGUCACUCAGCUACUCAUAUCCUAGGUGGUCGAGUGCUAAUAUAUGGAGGGGAAGAUUCUUCUAGACACCGGAAAGACGAUUUCUGGGUGUUAGACUUGAGUGCAGUUCCAUCCAUUGGAGUGCAGCCAGAUACGGUGACCUCCAAACGAAUUUUGGCAAAAAUGUGGAAAUGUUUAAGGGCAAAAGGUUAUAAACCCAAGAGCCGAUCAUUCCAUCGUGCCUGUGUUGAUCAUUCUGGGUGUCAUUUGUAUGUCUUUGGAGGAAUGGUGGAUGGGGUGCUUCAGCCUGCUGAGCCAUCUGGCCUAAGGUUUGAUGGGGAGCUCUUUAUGGUAGAACUUUUGCUUCAGCUGUAAAAAUGAAUUAGAAUGACGCUCUAAGAUGGGUUAUGUCAUGACUACAGUUACAUAUAAUGGUGGGGUCCUUGUACAUAAGUAGAUCAGCUUGUAGUUAAUUGCUUAUAUAUUUUUCAUUAGUUUAAGAUUGUCAUUGUUAAUUUGGGUUCUUAGGUCUAUUUAAACAUUUGGGAUUGUGAGAUGAGCCGAUGAAGAUGACAAUAGAAACAACUCAAGCUCAAUUAUGCUCU